AUGGGAAGCGCUGAGAAGCAAACAUGGCUACAGAAGCUAGACGAGGAGCUGAAUGUCGAUGUCGACUGGAUGGACCCUGCCUUCUCCGUGCGCAUGGCCACCGACUUCGGCGUCAAGCCAAACGACAUGACGAGCAACAACAUCUGGGCCAACGUGCAGAUGUCACACCCCUCCAACAGCUCUCUCAUCCAAGACUCCGUUCGUGAACUCAAAGACGAGGGCUGGUUGGCCAUCUACAAUCGCAUCUGCGUAGGCAUGUGCAAAGCGAACAUCGACAAUAUCAAGGGACGCGUCGCGCUGCAGAUCAACCCGCAUGAGGCCUACAACACCAAAGCUGUGCUUGAACAUGCGCGGGCGUAUGCGAGAGAGUUUGAGAGAGCGGGAAUCCCGAAGACGAGAUACUUUAUCAAGAUUCCUGCGACGGGGCCGGCGCUGAACGCGGCGCCGAUUCUGGAGGCGGAGGGGGUCAGGACGCUUGGGACGGCAGUGUUUGGUCUUGCGCAGGCGAUUGCGUGCAGUCAGGCGGGGAUGCUGUACAUCAGCCCGUACUUGAAUGAGGUCCGCGCGCAUAGUGACACGAGUCUGUGGCCGGAUGUCGAGGAUCCGGCUACGCUGCAUCCCAACUCUGCGCGUAUCUGGCAGAUCCUGGAGACUUACAGGAGACUAUACAAGGAGACAGGGAAGGAGCAGCCUUUGCUGAAGAAUGCCAGGCAACGCAGCAUUCUCUCGCCACAAGAAGCAAUGGCAUCGGGUGAGAUGGGAUGCCACUCUGCCACCAUAUCACACACAUGCAUCGAAGCGCUAUCGAAGCUGUCAUAUGACGGCACGAAGCAGCCCGGCAUCGGAGCACCGAAGCCACUGCACGUUUACAAAAACCCGGGGCCGACACCAGAACGCUUGAAGAAACUUAUGGAAAUUGACCCACUCGCGUCGGCAGAUUGGGAUGGGAAGUUGGCAAGCACAGAUAUUGACUAUCUUGCAAAUGAUGGGGCGGAGCUUGAGAGAGCGAUCAAGAAGGAUCCUAUGAGUGUGGCCAGGUUGGAGGAUGCGCUGAAGCUAUUCCAGGACGCGAUUGAUGAGAGUCGAGCGAAGAUUGAAGAUGUACUGCGAGGGCUGUAG